AUGUCCCUGAAGACCGGCGCCGGAAUAUUCGGUUCCGUGACGGCGGAAUUCGGCUCCGUCGGCGGGGAAGCCCCGUUGGGACCAGCGUUUUCAGGCGCGUGCGGAGCAUUGGGUGGUGGUGAGGUCCGGGGUGGUGGUGAGGUCCGGGCGAGGACUUCGGUGACGGUUUGUCGGGCGGCGGUGAGGUUAGGGUGGAGCGUGAGGUUCCCGACGCCGACGCCGGGCGACGGCGGUCGCUCUGGAGCUGGAUUCCUGUUGAAGGGGAUGCCGCGUUUGGUCCUCCGGCAGAUAGCGAUCGAGCACGUGGCGACGGCGGACGCGGCGGUGAAGGGGGAAAAGGGUGAUUGUGAAUCGGAAGGAGAUGACGUGUCAGGGCAGCGUUUGUGUUUGACGCGCGAGAAUCAGCUAGUGAAGUCGGGGCAGGGGAAUGAGAUAGUUGAUCAAUAA